UAGUAUAGUUCAAGAAAAGUCAAGGGCAUUCUAGUAAACUGCUUUUCGCCGAUUUUCCAUUGUAAGAUCCGAACAGGCGUGUCUCUCUCUCUAGUUCUAGUUCAGUAACACACACUUCUUGGAGGCAAAUCAAUUCAUCCGAUUUUCUUCUUUCAUUUCAAAUUGAUUUGAAAAAGGAAAAAAAGAAAAAUGUACGAGCCCCAACAUUUUGUGGAUUUACAUGACAAUGCCGGUUUUGGAGACCCAAAUUCUUGGCUGUCCGGUGAAGAUCAUCAUCAUCAUCAUCACCAUCACUCAUCAUCGUCUUCGGCUCUUCACCAAACUCAAUCUUCUGUCUCUAAUGCCACCACUGCCAGCGCUUCUAAUGUCGACCGUGUCCUCUUCAAUGACCUCGUCGAGAUUGUCCCCCUUGUUCAGUCUCUAAUUGAAAGGAAGGCGAACUCAUCGUUUACUCGUCGUGGUUCAGUGAUCUACACUAAGACGCCUUCUAGAGAUUCACUCUCCAAGAAAUUAACUGACCAGAAAGGAAAGAAUGCAUCUCAAUCAAUUCCGACAAAAAAACGGAGGGACCAUGGGGACAAGGACCAAGGUAAUAACCAAGAUGGAUGUGCUGACAGCUUCUCAAUUUUCUCCUCAAGGGCGUUGCCAUCAGAAAAAGACAGAGAAGAGUUGACUGCAUUGAGGGAACAAGUAGAGGAUCUACAAAGGAAAUUAUCUGAGAAAGAUGAACUCCUGAAAUCUGCAGAGAUUUCAAAGAACCAGAUGACUUCAGUGCAUGCAAAACUUGAUGAACUUAAACACCAGGCUGCAGAAAAGGAUUCUUUAAUCAAGUCUAUUCAGCUACAACUCUCGGAUGCAAAGAUUAAGCUUGCUGACAAACAAGCUGCCCUAGAAAAGAUACAGUGGGAAGCAAUGACCUCCAAUGGAAAGGUGGAGAAGCUCCAGGAAGAUUUAGAUUCCAUGAAAGGAGAUAUUUCAUCAUUUAUGCUGUUAUUCGAAGGGUUGACGAAGAAUGAUUCCACUGUAUCUUCUGAAGAUUAUGAUGUCACACCUUAUCAUUUAGAUUAUCUCCCUCAGAUAGUAAAUUACAUUUCUUGGAAUUUAUUUAAACACAAAUUCAUGCACACUAACAUAUAUCUAAGUAUACAAGUAAUUAAGCCAGUUGGUCAUUGGAAGGUCUUUACAGAAAUGGAUGACGAUUUGGAUGAGUUGGAGAUGCAGGAAAUGGAGAAGGCAAGAGAAGCUUAUAUUGCUGCUGUUGCUGCAGCAAAAGAAAAGCAAGACGAAGAUUCUAUUGCUGUUGCUGCCAGUGCAAGGUUACAUCUUCAAUCAUUUGUUUUCAGAAGCAAAUAGUACAAGCCCCAGCAAUGGAAGUCCCAAUUGUGGGAUUCCAAGUGCUCCUGGUGAAGCCAGUUGUCCACUAGCUCCUUGAGGUAAUAUGUAGCAGAUUGCCAUUGUGAUAGUACCCGUUUGUUUUUGUCGAUAAGUAUCUCAUUAUUCACUGAACAUUGAACCCUUUUGUUCUGUUCUAUUCUUGUGCUUUCAAAUGUUUAAUGUGACAACUGUUUGGAGUGGUGCUCAUAUUUGGGGGUUCAUUUCAUUUACUAAAACUGGUUAAGCGAGAUGGGUGGCAAUUUGUAUUAGUAAAGCAUCUUUUUUCAUGGGAUGCAUCUUGUUAUUUUAGUAGAAGAACUAUCUUUCUGUUCCUCGAUGGACACGAUUGCUAUAUUGGGACUGUUCAUUUUGUUUUGCAAA